AUGCGUAUGCAUUCCUCCAUCCUCAUGGUCCUCUGGACCAUCUCCAGCAUCACCACGGCGGCUCCCUCCGGCUUCGACGUUUCUCCCGAAUUCUCCGGUAUCCCUGAGGAAGUCGACAUCUUCAAGCUCGCGGGGGUCAUCGACCCGACCUCGAAAACAUUGGCGUACUCUCCGGCGCCGAUCGCCAGCUUCACCCACGGAACGUACAGCUUCUCACUUAUAUCUCGCAUCGCCGGCACGCCGAACCCAUUCUACUCCGUCACCUGCGAGACCUCGGAGGCGUCGCCGUCUAUCGACGAGAUCGACGGCUGCAUCGCGAUCCUGGACGCCAAGGAGGCUUGCUGGCAAGGAAACCGCUGGGACUCAAAGUGCAGCAAGCUCGUCACCAUGAAGGGCGGAGAAGUCUCGCUGUGUGGAUCCAUCACCCGCGUCGACUGCAAGUUCGUCGUCUGGGCGAUCAGCCGCGUGAGGAAUGUCUGUGCUUGGUCGGAACUCUCGAAGGCGGGUGGUUACUUCAGUUUCGAUGUGACUAGCAAGUUGAAGGUGCGCGCGGUGGUUCAUUAA